AUGGAUGUUGUCCUGUUUCUAAGUCAUAUCACCCUGUCCUUGUGGUGUAUGAGUAGUGCAAUGCUAGCAGCACCAUCAGAAGCAGUACCCUUAUUAGCAAAGCCUAACUGUCAAUCGCGCUGCGGUGACGUGGAGAUCCCAUACCCUUUUGGAAAUGGAGAAGGUUGCUACAUUGACGACUGGUUUCAAAUAAAAUGUGUCAACUCAACCAAACCUUUCUUGAACAUCAUCAAUCUAGAGGUGCUAGAAAUUUCUGUUAAAGGUACACUAAAUGUAGCAAACCCAAUCACCAUCUCUUCUAACUACAAUGCUAACAAGCCAAUUCUCCAAGCGGCCAACUUGGAGGGAAGCCCUUUUGUGUUCUCCCAGGAGAACAUAUUCACUGCAAUGGGUUGCGGCGUUAUGGCCACAAUCACCUCAGACUCAAAUGGCUAUACCAUUUCAGCCGGACUUGACGACGAAGACGACGAUUGGUUUGGGUAA